GCUGACACGUGUGCCAGGGAGUGGCUGCAAUACCAGGGCAACUGCUAUGGCUAUUUUGAAGCUAAGAUGACCUGGGAAGAAGCUGAGAUUGAAUGCCAGAGUUACCACCGUGGGGCACACCUUGCCUCUAUCCUCACUGUUGCAGAGUCUCUCGUGGUGGCUGAUCACAUCUUCGCUUACCAGACAGAACCCAGCAAUGUGUGGAUUGGACUGCAUGAUAUCCGACAUAACGGCAAGUGGAGGUGGUCAGAUGAGUCUACCUACAACUAUAAAGCAUGGAUGCUGGGGGCACCCAACAAACGGGGCGGAAAUAAAUAUUGCGUGGAGCUGCUACGUUCCGUGAGUGGGGCAGCUGUUCCUGAUGCUGACUCACCUCAACAACGGGAAGAAAGAGUCAUCAUUAAACGUUCAGCCAUUCAUGGCCAGGAGACCAUCCAAGCACCUACAGACUUAGCAGACAGCCCCAGCAUAUCUUCCAAGGAAGAAAGCUCAGCAGCAGAAGGACUCAGCUUCGUGGUUUUUCUGCCAGUGUCAGCCCCAGGGCCGUUGGGCAAGACACCUUCCAUGGUCCCCUUUCCUUCAGUGGGUCUACCUCCUGAAUGCAACAAGUUCAAGGACAUGAAGUCUGUUGCUUAUCUUAGUGUCUUUCUGGCUGGCUUCCUGGUUUCAACAGUGAAAGCUGACACCUGUGCCAGAGAGUGGCUGCAAUACCAGGGCAAUUGCUAUGGCUAUUUUGAGACUCAGAUGACCUGGCAUGAGGCAGAGAUUGAGUGCCAGAGUUACAGGCGUGGGGCCCACCUUGCUUCCCUCCUUACCCCCGCAGAGACCCUCGUGGUAGCCAAUCACAUUGCUGCUUACCAGACUGACAUCAGCAAUGUCUGGAUUGGUUUGCAUGACAUCCGACAUAGUGGAAAAUGGAGGUGGUCAGAUGAAUCUACCUACAACUACAAAGCAUGGAUGCCGGGGGCACCCAACAACUUGGGGAAGGACGAGUAUUGUGUUGAGCUGAGGCAUUCUGUGAGAGAGGAAGUUGUUCCUGGUGAUGGCGCACCUGAGCAAAUAGCAGCAGGAGCCCCCAAGGGAAGUGCCCAUGAAAGAAGAUGCCAUCCUGAAGAAAGAGUUCGCAGUGAACGUGCAGAAUUCUCCAAGUGGAAUGAUGCAAAGUGCCACAAACUGAACUCCUACAUCUGCAAACAUGAACUGUAGCAAGGGCCUGGAUUCAACUGUGCUUAGGAGAUACUUGGGAUGCAAAGGA